UGUUUUCUGCAUUUGACGGCUCGAAACUUGAACAUGGAAUGUUUGACACGGAGCCAGAAUUGAUUUAGUGUUUAAUUUGCAAAAGUGAAUAUUUAUACUGUGUUCCACGUUUAAGGAAUUAUGUGUUGUUUAUAACAAAUGUGUAGUAAUUUUUAAAUAUUCCUAACUACUUUGUACGUUUGUAAAGUGUUUAUUAACCCACAAAAAACGACGUAAUCAUGGCGGAUCCUUUAAGUUUACUUCGCCAGUAUAAUGUAAAUAAAAAAGAAAUAAUUGAACGUGAUAACCAAAUUAUAUUUGGCGAGUUUUCUUGGCCUAAAAAUGUGAAGACUAAUUAUCUUAUGUGGGGAUCUGGUAAGGAGGGGAUUGAAAAAGAGUAUUACACCCUGGAAUGUUUGUUGUUUAUCCUCAAAAACAUACAAUUGCCUCAUCCUGUUUAUGUCAAACAAGCAGCUGCUGCAAAUAUUCCACCAGUACGUCGUCCCGAUCGUAAAGAAUUGCUUGCUUAUCUCAAUGGUGAAACUGCCACUUGUGCAUCAAUAGACAAGAGCGCACCAUUAGAGAUAUCAACACAGGUUAAACGUACUCAUGACAAUGAUAGUGGCGAAUCUGCUGCUAAAAAACCUCGCAUUGAGGAAACACAUGUACAAAAAGUGCGGGAACAGCUGGCGGCACGACUUGAUGCACCUAAGGAAGCCUCUGUUACAGUUGAUAACAUCAAGUCUCUAUCGGAAGCUAUGUCAGUUGAAAAAAUUGCUGCUAUCAAAGCCAAACGUUUAGCUAAGAAAAGGACUACCAUUAAGAGCAAUGAUUAUUCUGAUACUCUUGGCGUUGUAGGCUCUGACCUGAGAGCCAUUCUUGACUAUGAUGUAGAUCUCACUAAAGAUAUUAUAAGUCGAGAGAGGCAAUGGAGGACUCGAACAACAGUAUUACAAAGUAAUGGAAAGACAUUUGCUAAAAGUAUUUUAGCCCUUCUGGGUAGUAUAAGAGCUAGAGAAGAGGGCAGACCAGGAGCACCCCGGCCUCAACCAGUGGUUAUGCCUCCACCUACGGUAAUACCUGCUCAGCAAACUCAGUACAACAGAUAUGAUCAGGAAAGAUUCAUUAGACAAAAAGAAGAAACUGAGGGUUUCAAAAUUGACACCAUGGGAACAUAUCAUGGUAUGACAUUAAAGUCAGUGACGGAAGGCCCAAGUGUACCUGCUCCAAGUGUUCGGGGAUCACAAACGCCGAACCAUCCAAGGCAAAUGCAACAGAACGGGCCGGCAGCGAGCACGCCGGCGCGGCAGCUGCUGCCGGCGGCGGCGGCGCGCGCGCCGGUGGGCGCCAAGCGGCCCUCGCGCACGCCCAUCAUCAUCAUCCCCGCCGCCGCCACCUCGCUCAUCACCAUGUACAACGUCAAGGACAUGCUGCAGGAACUCAAAUUUGUACCGGUGGAGCAGAAAAAAGCAGAAGGAGCAGUUCGUGAAAACGAAGUAUUAUUACAAAGAAGAAAAGGUCCCACUGGGGACCAUGUGCCUAAUAAUGCAACUACAAUAACGGUACCUUAUCGAGUGGUAGAUAAUCCAGGAAGAUUGUCAGCUGCUGAAUGGGAUCGAGUUGUUGCUGUUUUCGUCCAAGGACCAGCAUGGCAAUUUAAAGGUUGGCCAUGGGAUGGAAACCCAGUACAAAUCUUCGCUAACAUCUGCGCGUUCCACCUGAAGUACGAUGAGAUGAAACUGGAUGCGAAUGUUGCGCGCUGGGCGGUGACCGUGCUCAACCUCAGCCGCACCAAGCGCCACCUCGACCGCGCCGUGCUGCUUGGCUUCUGGGAGACGCUCGACAAGCACAUGAUGAAGAAUAAGCCGCACCUUAGGUUCUAAGUUUGUUGUAGAGUUAUAAAAUUUUAUCCUAUAGACUAUUAUACCGUGUGAAUAUCCAAACGCCUUAAACGCAGUUAGUCUAAGUCGAUUUCAUACCAUUUAAAGAAUAUUUUGAUCUUUAUGCUUAGCUUAAUAAGACUUUUAAUUUUUCGUUAUUAGAGCGCAGUUAUUGUCUUUUAUUAUAUUAUAAUCAAUCAUUUUUCCGUCAAGAAGAUGUUAUUCGAAAUAUAGGUGAAGAUAGUGAAAUGUUCGAAUUGUAUAUAGUUUUAUACAUUAACUCUUGACUCUUCAUGAACCCUCAAUAUCAGUACGAAGGCUGAUUUCUAUUUACUAACUUUUGAAUACUAUAAAUGAAAAAGUUUGUGAUAAUACAUGUUUGUUAUUUUCACACAAAAACUACUGGGCCAAUUUUCAUAGCCCUUCGUACGUAGAUACCUGGAGAUCCAGAAUAACACAGGCUACUUUUUAUCCCGACAUUCCCACUGGAUCGGAAACUACUCGGAUGAAACAGCGAAAAGCUAGUGAUCGUAUAAUUUUGCUAAAUGUAUGUAAUGCUUUUGUUAAAUGUAUGAUGCAUAUUUAUAGCUUGGACCAACAUAUUACAACAGUUAUAUAUAUCCCCAAACUGGAGUCUAAA